AUUCUCUGGAAGGAGAGAGAUCUGUGGUCUGUACUGUCCAUGCUGUCUGUUGCAGCGGUUACAAAAGAAGCUCUUGGAGGACUCCAGAGGCAACGCGUUUUCACCUUGAGGAGCAACGUCUUGACGGCCAGCGCUGAUAAAGCAAGAGGGAAAUGAUGGCAGGCGCGAAGGGAGUUUUCUUUCUCUUCUUGCUUCAUUUUCUGUCGCUAUGUGUCCCAUCUCUUCAGUAUUGCAAUCGCCCAGACCCUGGUCCUAACGUCAUAAUGUCUCCAUACCUAGAUUCGUACACGACGUAUUUGUCCGUUACUUUUUCGUGUGCUUCCGGUUAUUCGGCUUCAAGUGGUUAUACCAAUUCUUUCUGCGGGCCUGGUCACCCGGGCUCCUGGAGCCCAAGCAUGUCGGAUAUUUUGUCAUGCACAAUAGACACUACGUCUGAUCCUUGGUCGACGAACCGAACAACCCCAACAGGAUGGUGGCAGAAUACUGAUGAACCUACUGCUGACCCUUGGACUGACCGACCAACUCCGACAAGAUGGCGGUGGAAUACUGAUGAACCAACAACGGCAGAACCAGCAGAAACGACACAUGGGUUAUGGAAUCAUACAACUUCAAAUCACUCAAACUAUCUUCCAGUGGAUGUAAAUGUAACUCUUUCUAUCGAUGACACAAGGAUUAUCUCAUCUCCAAAUUAUCCUUCAAGUUACCAUAAUAACGCCAGAUACACUUGGUACAUCCGCGCACGGCCAAGGGGUUACGAUGUGGCGAUACAGUUUUUGGAUUUUGAAACUGAAAUGUAUUAUGACUAUCUCACCAUCGGUACCGGAGAUUCACCCAACAAUUCUAGUCAGAUUGAGCGGCUCUCCGGUUAUACAUACCCUUCAUAUGUAAGAUUAGAUGAGCCGACUGGCUGGAUCCAGUUCACCAGUGAUUAUUCUAUUGUAGCAAGAGGAUUUCAGCUCGAAAUAAGUCUUAUAAACUCGUCCAUUCCAUUUGAACAACCCACUAGUGAUCCUUGGACGGACCGACCGACUCCAACAAGAUGGUGGUGGCGUACCGAGGGGCCUAGAACGGAAGAACCUGUCACAAACCCAGGAUGGUGGACUCCUACCAACUACCCUCCCGUUGAAGAAUAUGUUUAUCUAGUUGCCGGACACCCUUGGAACAUAACGUCUCCAAACUAUCCCUCGAAUUAUCACAACAGCGCCAGAUACACUUGGUACAUCGUGGCACCGGAAGGAUAUGAGGUGGUUAUAAAUGUUCUGGAUUUCCGAACGGAACAAUGUUGUGACUUUCUCAAAAUAGGGACCGGCUAUUCGUCUAGCGACGGUCAAAUACAGUAUCAGAUUUCCGGUUAUAAUUUGCCUUCAGAUCUCAGAUUAAAUGGGACAAGGGGAUGGAUAGAGUUCUAUAGUGAUGGGUCCGUCACAGACAGAGGAUUUUUCAUUGAAAUCGAUCUAGAACAUACUGGAGGAGAAACUAGAACUGAAGAACCUGUCACAAACCCGGGAUGGUGGACUCCUACCAACGACCCUCCCGUCGAAGAAUAUGUUUAUCUAGUUGCCGGACACCCUUGGAACAUAACGUCUCCAAACUAUCCCUCGAAUUAUCACAACAGCGCCAGAUACACUUGGUACAUCGUGGCACCGGAAGGAUAUGAGGUGGUUAUAAAUGUUCUGGAUUUCCGAACCGAACAAUGUUGUGACUUUCUCAAAAUAGGGACCGGCUAUUCGUCUAGCGACGGUCAAAAACAGUAUCAGAUUUCCGGUUAUAAUUCGCCUUCAGAUCUCAGAUUGAAUGGGACAAGGGGAUGGAUAGAGUUCUAUAGUGAUGGUUCCGUCACAGACAGAGGGUUUUUCCUACAAAUCAAUCUGGAACAUACUGGAGGAGGCCCCUUUUGUCACGGAUGCUGCGAUUGUGGUUACGUUGGAGGUUGUUACUGCGAUUCUUUCUGCCAGGGUAAUGGUGACUGCUGUCAUGAUUAUGCCCUAAUGUGCACAAAUGAAACUAGAACUGAAGAACCUGUCACAAACCCGGGAUGGUGGACUCCUACCAACUACCCUCCCGUUGGAGAAUAUGUUUAUCCGGUUGCCGGACACCCUCUGAACAUAACGUCUCCAAACUAUCCCUCAAAUUAUCACAACAGCGCCAGAUACACUUGGUACAUCGUGGCACCGGAAGGAUAUGAGGUGGUUAUAAAUGUUCUGGAUUUCCGAACCGAACAAUGUUGUGACUUUCUCAAUAUAGGGACCGGCUAUUCUCCUAGCGACGGUCAAAUACAGUAUCAGAUUUCCGGUUAUAAUUUGCCUUCAGAUCUCAGAUUAAAUGGGACAAGGGGAUGGAUAGAGUUCUAUAGUGAUGGGUCCGUCACAGACAGAGGAUUUUUCAUUGAAAUCGAUCUAGAACAUACUGGAGGAGAAACUAGAACUGAAGAACCUGUCACAAACCCGGGAUGGUGGACUCCUACCAACUACCCUCCCGUUGGAGAAUAUGUUUAUCCGGUUGCCGGACACCCUCUGAACAUAACGUCUCCAAACUAUCCCUCAAAUUAUCACAACAGCGCCAGAUACACUUGGUACAUCGUGGCACCGGAAGGAUAUGAGGUGGUUAUAAAUGUUCUGGAUUUCCGAACCGAACAAUGUUGUGACUUUCUCAAUAUAGGGACCGGCUAUUCUCCUAGCGACGGUCAAAUACAGUAUCAGAUUUCCGGUUAUAAUUUGCCUUCAGAUCUCAGAUUAAAUGGGACAAGGGGAUGGAUAGAGUUCUAUAGUGAUGGGUCCGUCACAGACAGAGGAUUUUUCAUUGAAAUCGAUCUAGAACAUACUGGAGGAGAAACUAGAACUGAAGAACCUGUCACAAACCCGGGAUGGUGGACUCCUACCAAUUACCCUCCCGUUGAAGAAUAUGUUUAUCUAGUUGCCGGACACCCUUGGAACAUAACAUCUCCAAACUAUCCCUCGAAUUAUCACAACAGCGCCAGAUACACUUGGUACAUCGAGGCACCCGAAGGAUAUGAGGUGGUUAUAAAUGUUCUGGAUUUCCGAACCGAACAAUGUUGUGACUUUCUCAAAAUAGGGACCGGCUAUUCGUCUAGCGACGGUCAAAAACAGUAUCAGAUUUCCGGUUCUAAUUCGCCUUCAGAUCUCAGACUGAAUGGGACAAGGGGAUGGAUAGAGUUCUAUAGUGAUGGUUCCGUCACAGACAGAGGGUUUUUCCUUCAAAUCAAUCUGGAACAUACUGGAGGAGGCCCCUUUUGUCACGGAUGCUGCGAUUGUGGUUACGUUGGAGGUUGUUACUGCGAUUCUUUCUGCCAGGGUAAUGGUGACUGCUGUCAUGAUUAUGCCCAGAUGUGCACAAACGAAACGAUAACAAAUCUGCAUUGUGAUAGUACCUCGAUGACGCUUAUAAUGGACAAAGACCUUCUGGAGAUCGGCGAUCAUGCUAGUGAUGUCCAUUUCGACGACGAAUCUUGUGUUGGUUACUAUCACGACAUGUCUCAUGUUGCAAUUACCACUCCAUACGAUGGGUGUGGGACUAAGCAAGAGGUAACCGAGGACUCCGUAAUAUACACAAACAUGGUGACUUUCUACAAACCCCGACCUCAGAUCGGUUCGGAUGGGGUCAUUACCAGGGAGCAUUACCUCCAAACAAUUGUCAGGUGUAGCUUGGAAAGAGAACAGGUAUUAGGCGUCUUCUACGAGCCCAAGACAGGCAUUGUUCUCAUCGAAGAGGAAGGAUACGGUGAGUUCUCACUGUCUCUGGAAAGAUACACAGGCCCCGGUUUCAAUCAACUCACAAACGACACAGGCAAAGUGAUACUCGGCACACCCCUGUACUACGGUAUCCAACUCGCCUCCGUUGCAAAUCUCACACUUCUCGCGGAUUCGUGCUGGGCAACGAACUCGCCAAACCCUCUUAGUUACGCUCGAUACGACAUCAUCGACGGAGGCUGUGGCGUGGACAGUACAGUAUACAUUCCAGGAUGGUUUUCCCAGUCUUUCACAGGGUUCAAGGUCGAUGCUUUCGCAUUCAUCCGUGAUUACGAGGAGGUUUUCAUCCACUGCUCCAUUCUGAUUUGUGACAACGAGGACCCGGAUAACCGGUGCUCUCAGGGGUGCGUCUCGCGGUACCGUCGUAGUCCGCAAUUGACAGGCUCCCGUUCCAAACCCCACACCAUUACGAGCGGACCAAUAUCAGAUGCUUCGCGCUUCGAGCAGGCUAUGAUGAUCGACUCGGAUGGAGAUGGAGCAGAAAACUUUGGUCCACCAAUGAUAACAGUCAUGUGUGCCUUCUCUGUUUUCGUGGCCCUCACUGUAAUCUUAUCUUUGAUGAUCAUGCGCAUGCGUCGUAAUCGCCCAGAGCAGAUCGGUUACCAACCAGUGGACGUGGCGCUAGAAGAUUUCUAAACGGACGGUUUAUGGAUUAAUGAACAAGAUUAUUCUUUGUGAUCUUUUCUUUUCUGCAAUAUGAAUGAGAUGGCAGUUUUAAUUUGGCAUGGAAAAUGCCAGUUUUUCGCUAUCGCUGUAUAUUUAUAAUAUCGCUCAGCUUUUAGAUUUGAGAAGGGUAUAAUCAUAGUAAAAAUUAUAUGGACGCCAUUCUGUUCGAGCAGUUAAUUACUCAAGACUUUUGAGUAUAUAGUAAAACAGUUAUUCAAUAAUUCAUCCAUAUUUUUCUUUGUUGGUAUGAAGAGUGCUAAUUAUGAACCGUCAUAGUGACUGGGAGCGGUAGCUUUGAAAAUCUGAAACAUCAAGAAAAUUGUUUCGGAUUGUUAGGAAUAAUGAUCCUAUUUAAAUAACGGUUAGCAUUGAAAAAAAUAUACCCUGUGGAGCAGCAUGGACUUGCAAUAGGUCCAUAGGAGAAAGAAGUUAAACAAGGGACCUUUGUAAUAUGUCCAUGGGUAAGCUAAAACAAAAACUGCUAUUAUGAUUUUUGUUGUCAUGGUGAUUAAUCUUUACCGAUAUUACAAUAAUAUGAUUGUCAUGCUUGGUUAUUAUGGGGAACGAAUUUUCAACAGAACUCUUCACUCAGUUUGCACUCUUUCUCUUUAUUAAUAUUCUACUUUGGAUUUAUUGCAUCUUUGUUUUUCCGAAUAGCUAUCUACCUUCUCCAAUUGCAGAUUAUAAUGAGGGGGUAGUUCUCCCCGAUAAUGCUACUUUUCUCUCUUAUUCUAGAAACAAAGCAUAUCUCCCGUUUUAUCCUUUAAGAAACUGUAAUCAAAAUCAGAAAGUUGAAAAAUUAAAUUAUUUUUCUCUCAUUUGAAAAGAUAUAGGCCUAGAUAUCACUUCACUAACUGAUCACCCUUUUACUUUAAAACUCUAUUGCAACAUGUUCAUAAGUGU